AUGCUGGAAUAUACAGGCAAAAAUGAAGUGGCGUGGUGGAAAAAAGUAGAGGCAGCAAUGUUCGCCGGUUUACAUCGGCCAGAGUUCCGACAGUUGAUCAUGGAAAUGCUGAUGGUUACUGCUAUUGUACUUGAACGAAAUCCGGAGAUAAAAUUUCAGAACACAACGGAUAUUGACGCCGUUGUUGGAGAUGCGAUUAAUGAAUAUAAAAAGGACAAGCAGACCGACGAAUCUGCCGACGAAAUCAGCGAGUUUUGUAAUUUGCCAUCCGAGAUAUUGGUUCAAUACAUGGUUCGAAGUGUUGUGCAAUCACUUUUGAAGGGAUCUGUCUCUGUAACUGCCAAUGACACGUGCACUGUAUCUUAAGAAUGCCUUUAUUUUUUGACUUGUUUUAGCUUAGCAUGUGGUUUUUUUCAACAAUUUAUUACCACGUUAAAAAUAUAUCCGACACACGUACUGCAACUGCGUAUUUUUCUUCGGAGAACGUCUGGAAUUGAGAACACAAAAGAACAUGCAGCCGUUUACAACAAGCCUCAACUUAGGUAUUUCUGUUAGUUUACAAUUGCCCACAAUUUCUUACAAUAAUGUAACCUUGGCGUAUAACCCGCCUUUCAGAAAUUCCUUCCAGAGCGACACUUGGACAAUAAAAAAAUGCAAUUGUG